CUGCAGUGUUUAAUUCAGUUAACGUUUUAACAAUAAAAUAUUUCAUGUAUUUACGUUCAUUUGUUCUUUAAUUUGUCGUUUCUUUGACUAUUGAUAUAUAAUAAAACACUUAUUUACUGAGAAGUGAUAAGUGUAAAAAUCUGGAACAUAGCUAUUGCAUUUUUUUGGACACCCUGCAUUACUUGUACUUCGACUUGUACUCCCUCAAUGGUUAGCUCUUAUGCAAGAGGGUUCUAUGCUCGAAUACUUCAAAUAACUGCAAAUAUUUUACCACCUUCAGGUCAUUCUGACGACUCGAUAGUUACUGCAAUUGACAUCACAUCAAAUGGGAAAUUAGCUCUGAACGGAAGCAGUUCAGGAACAUUAUCGCUGGUGAACUUGGGCAGUCGUCAGGUAGUUGAGACGUUCACAACGACCAAAGCUGGAGUCGGUGUACGUUUGGUUUGCAUAUUGAGUGAUGAGGCUCGUUUUGUAUUUGUCGAUCAGGCAAACAGAGUGGAAUUAAGAGAUUUUAGUAAUAAAGAGGCUGAGUUACUAUUGGAUCAACCAGCUGUUAAAGUGACCUGCAUUACUACUCUUGGUGUAGACUAUGUAUUGCUUGGUUGUGAAAACGGAGAACUGUUAUUGUUUAAUUUACAUGUUAAACAAUAUGAGUAUGAACAUCAAGCUCAUUCCGAAGCCGUUUCUCAAGUUAAAAGCAACGCAGAUAGUUUGCUUCACUUUGUAUCGGGCUCUGCCAGUGGGUGUGUGAAACUUUGGCAUGUGUCGAAAACACGAGAAAGCGGAAGUACGUCACAAAACAUCAAUUCAUUGUUCUGCUGCCUUGGUGGAGCCAAGUUCACGCCUUUGUGGACCGACGUUUGGUCACAUGACCACGUUUACCCGCAUCCCAUUACUGCCCUAACAUUCGUGCCCGACUCCAAAGACAUCAUGAUUGGUUCCUUCUAUGGCAACAAGGUAUGUUAAGUUUGUUUCUAAUGGGACUAUAGUGACCGCUAAAACCUAUCCAUUUGGUCGAACUGUCGUGAGCUAAUCAUUUUCGACGAUGUGAAAUAGUCUGCAUAUAUCUUGUCUUUUGUGUGGCUGCAUGUAAAUCAGUCUUUACUGACUGUAGAGAUAUAUGGGCACAUUGAUCAGCUUCAUAUGUUCACAACAGCUACGAGUAAAUGAAAACCAGGAGCUGGUUGUUCGAAAGCCGGUUAGCUAAAUUGCAGGCUAACAAAAAACGUCAAAGUAAACUUUUCGAUAGAUUAUUUAAAAACUUUUAUAGCAAGUUUUUUCAUAUUAAGUCUUUCCGCUAAGUCGACGUGCAGAAAUGUAGAAAUCCAAAAUAGUGGGAAAUUUUAACCCGCUAAUCGCUUUAAACAACUGGCGUCGUGUUUAGGCUCCUUCGGAACAGCGUGCUUUAAUUCAAGGAUUAUUCUCGUAAAUAUCUCACAUCUUAUAAAAAGGAUGUGUCACGCAACAGGCUUGUAGCAAGCUCCUCAAGAACUUGUAACAGUGGUGCCAUUUUAUCAAGUUGCUACAAGGUUGUCACUCACAACUAAUUGUUAACAAGUUGUUGAAUGGCAGGAUGAGACCAUGUUGUUGGAACAAAGAUGAACAAUUCGCAACCAGGGGUCCUUGGUUAUUUAUCCACCUAAUAUUGUCUGGUUAAUUUAACCAGGACGUCCUGGUCAAAUAUAACCAGAUUACUGAGUAGUAAUUGCUGCCUCGUAGAGGCAGCAUACUAAUAUUGUCGGUCCCAGGCUUUCUGCGACGUAUGUUUUUUGAGAUUUUCGGAUUUCAGUUUGUCACACAGCAGAACAAUGUAUUGACGACGUUUUGCGACGUAUUUCUGCUUUUUGGUGUUUUCGUGGGAAUUUCGUGAGGGUAAUAUAUCAUGGAAAUGCUUGUUAUGCUUUGUAAACGCAGAAAUUCGCAGAUACUACAGUAUGUCGUUAAAAUUCAUGAAUAACCAAUGAAUGAGUUGGUGUCGUACGGUCGUUUCAAAUUAAGUUAUUAAGUUAAGCUUAGCAAAAUGUCAUUCGUAACUGCUGGCGUAAGGAGAAAACUUUCGUGUGCGGUGCACUUUUGUAAGUUUUUCGUCACUCGUGACGCGUAAGACAAAUAUCCAACGUGUUGAAUAUUUUUGUCACGAAUGAACAUUUCCUCCCGUGUGCGCGGUCGAAAAGCUAUCGCCUUUCAUUGUAGAUCGAAUAGGCAUGCGUAAUAAAACAUAAGACAAAUAAUUAAUGAGGAAUGCGAUACUUGAGUAGCGACAUAUGAAUAUUCCUCAUUAAUUAUUUUCCUUUUACAAUUGUCUUAUGCUUUAUUACGCAUGCCUAUUCGAUCUAGAUUGAAAGGUGAUAGCUUUUCGAGCGCGCAAACUUGGAGGAAAUGUUCAUUCGUGACUGAAAUUAUUCAGCAUAUUGAAUAUUCGGUCACAGAUGAUAGAUUACAAUAGAUUAUGUAUGAUCUAUCAUCUGUGAUUCGGUGCCGAUGGCACGCGUGGCUGAAAUUGCUUAAAACGCCAUCGUACACUGGGGGAACUUGCUUACGCCAACAGUCACGAGUGACGCUCAGCUCAGCAGAUAAUUCUCGUGUGCGCCAGGCUUAACACUCUCGUGUGAAAUAACCGAGUAUCGACCAAUAUGCAAAUUCUGAAACAAAUUUCAGAGACAUACGUUAGUAAGGUCCAUGCUGUUAAACACGGGUUUUAUAUUAUCAGAGGUUGAAGCAGGAAUAAAAAUCGAGACAUAUAUACGGCAAAUUUAAAAACUUAGCUGUACUGCUGCUAUAUGUUGGUAGGUUGAAGGUCAUUAAGGGAAUAAAGAGAUUAAGUCUGACCAAAAUUGGCAUACUGAAUAUAAACCAAAUACCGGUUAGACUUUGCAGCAUUAGAUUAUCGUUGUCGUUAGGCUUAGUACACAUUGAGGUAUACAUUCGCAACACGAACCUAGUUUUCAAACAAAUUUAUUUCUUCAAAAUGUUUACAAAGUUAGUAAGGCUUGCUUGUAAGAGCGUAUCAUUUAGGUUUCUUUUGUAUCUUUAAAGAGUUCUCAUAUUCUUGUCUGUCUUCGGAUGAUAAUCUUGCGAUAUCUUCAGGCUUCAUUGGAAUAUAUUUUGGCAUCUCCUUAUAGUAAAGAAACUUCAUACCGCUCUUUUUCCUUCGGUUUCAUCAUAGCCAGAUCACCUUCUUCUGCAAUUGCGAAAAAAGUUGCGCUUGAGUCUUGGUCGUUCAUCUCUUUGCCCUAAUGAAAUAUAUUUUGGACAAUAUCCUAAAUGAUAUAGACAAAUGUCGGUGAUGACAAUUUUCUUUUUGUAAAAAGAUCAGCAAUACGUUUGUAUUUGCAAUAUUGUCGUCCUUUUCAGUUCAAUUUUCCGACAAAUACUCAAUUUGAAGUAAAUGUGGGAGGGAAGGUAGCUGUAAUUGACGUACGAGUGCAGUCGCAUUUCUGAAUGUUUUGACAUGUAAACAUGACACGUUUUUUUUUGCGUGGGAGGUGCAUCUUGGGUAUCAGAAUUGAAUAAGAUUCUGAAAUAUAAAUCAACAAAUCUUAGUUUAUAUAGUAUAUGUUUUAACUAAGUGAAGUAAAUUUCUUUGGAUAUGUAACAGAUUGUAAGACAUUGUGUUUUAGUUUUGCAAGAAUGAUGGGGAAAAUUGUGGUAAAUUGAGCGGCGAUAGCGUUUGUGCAGAGCAAUCAGUAGACAGUAAUAUUGGCGUUUUGCUCGGAAAAUAGCCUAUAGCCGACUGUUAUAUUGAACACUUGUGGAUAUUUUGGAUAAAUUUGGUUGUUAUUAUUUUGACAGGUUCAUCGUAUAAACGCAGCUGGGAUCGUGCGUACAUACGAGUUUGAUGGUCACAGAAUUGCAGCAUUACGUGUUGUGGAGGACUCCCUUAUUGCUGUUGGGUUAUCACAUGAUGACUUUAAAGUCAUAAAGUGGAGUUUGAACGAGGGCUUGGUUAUUGACGAGCUUGAUGCCAAUUUGCUGAAACUACAUUACGACAUAUUACGUGUUAACAAUGCUUCCAACCAUGUGGCCUCCAUUGGUAAAUAACUAUAUAUUAUUAUUAUUAUUAUUUAUUUGAUCGCCAUUGCAUGCACAGGCUGUGGUCGCCCAAUUCCCCGAGGAUUAACCCAACGCUUUCGAGGGAGGAAAACCUGAAUUUCCACGAGAGAAAAACUCUAAGCUCAGCCUUGUUCGUUUCGUCCUCCCUAAUAUGCCGUACGCAAAAUAAUAUUUUGGGCUCACUUUUCUAUUUUGCUUUGCGACCAGACCCGAUUCAGGAUGAGAAGCUGACUGUAUGCAUAAAAAAAGUAUUUUUGCGAGUACGUUUAGCCUGUUCGCCGGUGUUGUAGUGGUAAUGGCGUGUGCCUACUAGAUCACACAUCGUGGGUGCGAAUCCCGCCAAGUUUUUCGUUCUUUUCAUAUUUUCUUAGAAAAAAAGUUAAACCGUUUUUCUUCGUAAUGUUUGUUUUCUAGAGUCAGGGUUGGGGUUCAUUUAGUUUAUAAAAAUCUAAUUUUAAUUCAUAGCAAAUAGUAGCAAUUAAAGCCGCCAUUUCGAAUCAGGCCUGGUUGCAGAGUGAACCCAAAGCAGUGAACUCUAUAAAAACUGGAACGAUAACUCGGGCUGUGUUUUUGAAGCCAAGAUGGCGGAAAUUGAAGCCUUUCUUGUGAGUGCGAUCCAGGCCCCUACGCGGAAAUUCACUGAAUUCAGUACGAAAAUUUCAUUUUUAAGUUCGGCUUUACCGUUGCUCUAAGAAACUGGAGCAACUGGUCUUUCAGACUAAUCAAAUUUUAGAAACACUUCAUCAUGAAAAGCAAAGUUAUCUGACGACUGAAAAACAAAUUCAGAAAAAGGACCGCGGAGAGACACCAGCAAAAUUCUGAUUUUCUCGACUAUAUGAGGGAUUUAAACUGAACACAGAAUUAUAUGGACUGAAGUUGCACCAGUUUUACCUUUUCAUUUAGUUUUUAGCUUUUGAAGUAGGAGCUUUGCCAUUAAAAUGAGCAUUUAUGUGCUAAAGUUGAAAAACAUCGAUCGGAAACUUUAGUCAUUUUUCAGUUCCCGCGAAGUCCACGGGAAAAACACGCAUGCUUUAUGGGUAUAAAGAGAGAGCACUCAGCAGGCCCCCAUCUUGCAAUACCAGCAGCCUUAACUCAGCGGUAAGGGGCAACACGCUAACCCUAUCUGUCACCCAUGGCCCCUUUAAGGCCAUGUUACACGAGGUAAUUUUUGCUGCAAUUCACAAAGCAAUUCCUGACAUAGAACCAUGUUACCUAAGAAGGAGUCGCAGGGGAAUUGUGCGCAUGGCCCACUGUUUACUCUGCCGACAUUUCUAAUCCUAUUUCUGUCACUUUUCAUACACUUGCAGAGUAGAAUGCGGGCCAUGUUGACAAUUUAUUUCUGACAACUUUUGUGAUAUCAUGACCUCUCUCGGUAAUUGCAUUGCAAGUUGCGGUAACAUGGCUAUAUAUCCAACACUGCGUCCUAACUUGUAGCAAAAGUUGCCUCGUGUAACAUUUCCUUUACAGAUAUUAUUAUAAUUUUUAAUUACACUUUUAGAUUCUAAUUCUUUGCUGAUUUGGAACCUUAAAUGUGGAACGAUGCUCCAUAGAGUUGAUAUUACACAUGAUAUCGGAGCGUUGGCAUUGGUGCCAGGAGGUGAAUUUCUAUUGUCAGGCUCGUAUCGUCAUAAGACGCUGACGUUGUGGGAUCUACGCAAUGGACAGUUUGUUGAAGAGUUUCAUUUCGACCGGGGUGUUGGAGCUAUAGCAUGCUCCUCAAAUGGGAUGGUUUGUGUCGGUUUAGAAAAUGGUCAGGUCUGCUUUCUGCGUUUCAAUAAUUUAUCCUCUCAUUCAGGACAACUUGAACAAUAAUGUUCAAGACUUUAAAGGAUCAAGACAAAUACAGGGUGUAUAAAAAGACAUGUUAGCUAUUCAGUUAUCGAUAAAUUUUUUUCGCAGCAACAGCAAAAUAAAAAUUGCUGAAUUUGAAUUUGAAUUUAAAAAGCACUAAAUAUGGUGUGAUAAACUUAAAUAAUUGUUGAUAAAUUGGUCACUUCUGUUUUAAGUUUAUCGUUUGGCAAGAAACAUUAGUGAUUAUUUGCUUUUUCUUUUGUUAUGAUUGCUUUUCUGCAAUUAUGCACGAAGGUGAAAAAAUUUUGACCGGCAAUUUUUAAUCGGCUUGUAUUUGGUCAUUUGUGCUUGGAAUGUAAAAAGGUCUUCCAGCUGAAAUUGUCUAUGUAUACGACUAACUUUUCUUGUCCUCUUUUAAAACUUUAAUAAAUCAUCACUACAAGGACUUGGAGGGAAAUACAUCGACAACUUAAUUAACCUAAUUCUCUUUUGUUAAAAUUGUUGUAAAUAGAUAUAGUGUUUGUAUUUCUAAACAAUGUAUAUAUGUUGUAUUGUAGUGGUGGUAUGUUGCACUGGUAAAAAUAUUUAUUUACAGUUUAAAAAACUUAAAAUAUAAAUCAAGCUUUCGGACUGAGCGUCCAUCGUCAGGAUUAAAAUGGCAUGUGAUUAGUCGCUUAAAUACUAUUUACAUGUUAAUGACCUAACUAAAAUAUUAAGUUUUUGAAUAAUUAGACUAGAAGACAAAAGUGUCAUAACCAGGUGAUCUCGUGUUCGUAUUUUAGCCAAUCAGCGCUCAGAAAGGGUUGUCCGAAUAGAAAUCCAUUUUGAUGUAUUCAGUCAAUUAUAUCUUUCGUUAUUCUUUAUGAAACUAGUUGAAAUUUUGUAAUUAUACUUGCAUAUGAGAACUAUAUAUAGCUCUGACAAAAAUAUGGAAUCGAAAUAAAGUAUAUUACAGGAGAUCUUCAGUUGUUUUAAUCAUAAAAUGGAUUUCUAUUUGACAACUAGUGCCAGUACUUUUCCGCGUAUCAAGAUCAUCUAUCUGGAUAGAGUCAUAUAGUCUUUUGUCUUCUAGUCUAAUUAUUCAAAAACCUAAUAUUUUAGUUAGGUCAUUAACAUGUAAAUAGUAUUUAAGCGACUAAUCAUUUAUGCCAUUUUAAUCCUGACGAUGAACGCUUAGUCCAAAAGCUUGAUUUAUAUUUUAUGUUUUUUAAACUGUAAAUAAAGAUUUUUACCAGUGCAACAUACCACCACUACAAUGAAACUUCCUGGUAACAUAACCACACUAAAUGUAUAUAUGUAUUCAUAAACGGCCCCUUGAAAAUCACUUUUUGUUUACCGCUAAAGGGCUACCGUUUUAAAAUAAUAUUAAAUAAUAAUAAUAGUAAUAAUAGAUCUCAUUCAUAAGAUAAAACUCUAAUCUCUUUAUUAAUAGGAAAAAAUAGAUAUUUGCACUCAAUAUUGAGGGCGCAAGAGCACGCUAAAGUUGGAUUGCUUUUUUCUUGAUACAUCCUGUACAUAGAAUGCGUAGACGAGCACUUAUGCCGCAAGAAUCGCACGCGGGGUCCGGGGGCAUGUUCUCUCCCAUGCAAGGUCGGGUUGGAAACGGAAUAUUGAAUAUUGAG